UCCAAAAAAGACCAGCGUUUCUCUGGAGAGGAUUCCAGCCGCCUCUCUGCCGCGCACUCAGCUUUGUCCGUCUCUGCCUCCGCUCCCUGAACAAGCUCUCCUCUUUCUCCUCGGCUGCUAGCAGAAAACCAAGAAAUCCACAAUGGAGGCCAUCAAGAAGAAAAUGCAGAUGCUGAAACUGGACAAGGAGAAUGCCAUAGAUCGCGCAGAACAGGCAGAAAUAGACAAGAAAGGUGCAGAGGACAAAUGCAAACAGCUGGAAGAGGAGCUCUUGGGCCUGCAGAAGAAGCUGAAGGGUGUGGAGGAUGAGCUGGACAAAUACUCAGAAUCACUGAAGGACGCUCAGGAGAAACUCGAGCAGGCCGAGAAGAAGGCCGCAGAUGCCGAGGCUGAGGUGGCGUCCCUGAACAGACGUAUCCAGCUGGUAGAGGAGGAGUUGGACCGUGCCCAGGAAAGACUCGCCACUGCGCUACAGAAGCUGGAGGAGGCUGAGAAAGCCGCAGAUGAGAGCGAGAGAGGAAUGAAGGUGAUAGAGAACAGAGCAACAAAAGAUGAGGAGAAGAUGGAGAUCCAGGAGAUGCAGCUGAAGGAGGCCAAACACAUCGCUGAGGAGGCUGACCGCAAAUAUGAGGAGGUGGCACGUAAACUGGUGAUUCUUGAGGGUGAGCUUGAGCGCUCUGAGGAGAGAGCUGAAGUGGCUGAGGCUCGAGUCAGGCAGCUGGAGGAGGAGGUUAAACUCAUGGACCAGAAUUUGAAAUCCAUGAUGGCCGGAGAGGAAGAGUACUCCACAAAGGAAGACAAAUAUGAAGAGGAAAUCAGAGUACUGACUGACAAACUCAAAGAGGCUGAAACGCGUGCUGAGUUUGCUGAGAGGUCUGUGGCGAAGCUUGAGAAGACCAUUGAUGAUUUAGAAGAGAAACUGGCCCAGGCCAAAGAGGAGAAUCUGAACAUGCACCAAGUGCUCGACCAGACCCUUCUGGAGCUCAACAAUUUAUAAAGAUAAAGUCUUACAGCACACUAAGCUUCCAGCGGGGCUUGACACACAUGCUUUCCAACUCUGGCCAUACGGAGGUGCAGCUCUUUGCUUUGAUAAGUGAAUGUCUUAGAGUCACACACUUGCCAUUUUCUUUCCAAACAACCCGAUGCAAACAACGUCUUGCAAUAGUAGCAAAGCCAGCAGUAUGUUAAACAAAUCAUUUACUUGGAUUUGUAGUAUUUGUAAUGAAUCCAUUGUGAUCUUCUAAUCUGAUUUAUUCUAAAUGUCAUGUUUACUGCAAAUGUUGUUUCCUCCAAAGUAGCUUUCUGACCUCAGCUUAAAAAAAAAAUACUGUAAUUCUCAGCGUUGGGUUUAAAAUACCAACAAUUGAAAUGAAGGUUUUCAUGUAAUGAAUUCACUUUUGAGGUUGCUGUUUUUUAAGCAUUUAUAUUGAUUUGUACCAAAAGGCACAGCUGUGAUUGUAACUAAUGUGUCAUACACACGUCAAUCAUAUCACCAGAAUUGUAAUAUGAAUGGUUCAGUAUGCAGUGCUGCAAACUCGUGGCCUUUCAAUGAAUUUCGUUGUUUCAAAUGCAAUAUAUGUCAUUUACACGCAGAUCUCAUGUCCUGCUCCCAAGGAAGAGGGUCCAAACUUAAUUUGUGCUGAUAAGAUUUUGUGAAACAGCAACUGUAGGCAACACUAAAGCAUCUGUGAUGAUUAUAUAAAAUUGGGCCUGUAAGACAUGGCUUACAUUUUUGACAAAUGUUUGCAAACUUUUCUUCUGUCUGUUUGACAGAUCCGACCAAAUCUGUGAAGAAUAACAGUCAUGUAAUGAAGGUGAUAAUACUAAUACUAAUACUAAUUAUAGGGUUGGAUGAGAUUGCUGAAGCUAUGUUAUUAAUUCUUUGUUAUACAUGUGAAAGAAUGUAAUGGAUUUGAUUAAUUAGGGAAAAUAUUUUUUACAUUGCUUAAAAGUCUUCUCUUUGUCUAACUCCCUCUAAUGCAAAUCACUAUGUAGUAAAUCCUAGAAGAGAAAAAAACAAAGCAUUAUAAAAGGGAAUAACAUACGGAUCAUUCUUGCACACAUUUUUAAAUAAUUCCUGCAAUUUUUAUGCAUCACCCAUUUAUGUAUCCUAUGCAAUUGUUUGAGCUGUUUGAUUAAAAUUAUUAAAACAUUGAAAAUAGAA